AUGUCUAGCUCAUCUAGCUCUAGCGAUGAUGAAAUGAUGAAGAAGUUCUUUCUUAUGGAAGCUGUUGUCGUUGAGGAAGAAGAACAAGAGAAAUGUUCAACUUCAGUUCAACACAAACGACGUAUCGUGCUCCAUCGAAACCGACUGGAAGGCCACAAUCGGUUAUUCCAAGAUUAUUUUGCUGACGUACCAACCUAUCCUCUUUAUUAUUUUCGUCAAAGGUUCAGAAUGAGGCAUUCGUUAUUCCUUCGAAUCCACGACGCAGUCGUCGAACAUGACAAGUACUUCGUCCAAAAGAGGAAUGGUGCUGGACAGUUAGGACUAUCUAGUCUUCAAAAGAUUACUGCAGCUAUGCGGAUGCUCGCAUAUGGAGCAUCCACUGACUCCGUUGACGACUAUGUUGAGAGCGUGAAGAGGUUCGUUCGAUCGAUUAUCAACAUCUUUGGAGAGGAAUACCUUCGUGCACCGACUAAUGAAGACGUUGCACGCCUGCUCGAGGAAGGCUCACAACGAGGUUUUCCUGGUAUGCUUGGGAGCAUCGACUGCAUGCACUGGACAUGGAAGAACUGUCCAACUACCUGGCAAGGUAUGUAUACUGGACAUUUUCAUGAACCCACAAUUAUUUUGGAGGCCGUAGCUAGCAAAGAUCUUUGGAUAUGGCAUGCCUUCUUUGGACUGCCGGGGUCUCACAAUGACCUUAAUAUUCUACAUCGUUCAUCGGUUUUCGCACAACUUGCGGAGGGAAGAGCUUCACCGUGCAACUAUACUGUCAAUGGCCACGAGUAUAAUAUGGGAUACUAUCUCGCCGACGGGAUUUACCCAGAGUGA